CAGCCCACAGGGACCUCAACCUCAAGUCUCAACUCUUAUCUUCUUGUCUGCUUUGCCCAUCUUCUCUACUAUCCUAUGACUCAGUCCUGCCUCUUUUCUGGUCUCCACUCUAUUCCGGGUUGCAGUUGUUGCAUAUCAAGUGGCCUGAUGAGUUGAUAUUCAUCAAUGAUGGGAUUGGGAAGAAAUGGUGGUGGGGUGUCAUGGAAUUGUGUUCUUUGUAUGGAUGAGUUGAAGGUUAAGAUUUUCCUAUCAACUGUAUCUCCAUGGUAAUCAGGUUAGGCCUCCUGGUUGCUGCUUCAAUUGCAGCCUAUGCAGUUAAGCAGCUCAAUAUCAAAAGCUCGAGGUCAUCGACCUUAGCAGUCAAGCCUCCAGAAAAUGGAGAGGCAAGCUUUGAACAUCAGUUUGAGGAGGGAGACAAAGAGCAAGAUAAAUAUUCUAAUGAUAAAUUCAAAGAGAAGGACGGGAAGGAGGAAGAGGAGGAAGAAGAGGUUAAAUUAAUUAGUAGUAUAUUUAAUAGAACUUAUGUCAAUCCACCUGAUAUUGAUGAUGAGGAGAUCUUGCCUGAAUUCAAAGAUCUUUUAUCUGGGGAGAUUGAAUUUCCAGUACCUGGUAACAAGAUUGAUAAGGCAGAGAAAGACAAAACAUAUGAAAUUGCGAUGGCAAAAAAUGCAAGUGAAUUGGAACGGUUGCAGAAACUAGUAAAGGAAUUAGAGGAGAGGGAAGUGAAGCUGGAAGGUGAAUUGCUUGAGUACUAUGGAUUGAAAGAGCAGGAAUCAGAUAUUCUCGAGUUACAAAGGCAACUCAAGAUCAAGACUGUAGAGAUUGACAUGCUCAAUAUCACCAUUAACUCUUUGCAAGCUGAGAGGAAAAAGCUUCAGGAAGAGAUUGCUCAUGGAGUUUCAGCAAAGAAGGAGCUUGAGAUGGCAAGGAACAAGAUCAAGGAACUGCAAAGGCAGAUUCAGCUUGAUGCUAACCAGACAAAAGGCCAGUUGUUGUUGCUCAAGCAACAAGUUUUUGGUUUGCAGGCAAAAGAGGAAGAAGCUGUAAAGAAAGAUGUUGAAAUUGAAAAGAAGCUGAAAGCUGCAAAGGAGUUAGAGUUUGAAGUUGUGGAGCUUAAGAGGAAAAACAAAGAACUUCAACAUGAAAAGCGGGAGUUGACUGUAAAACUUGAUGCUGCUGAAGCUAGAAUAGCAGCCCUCUCCAAUAUGACAGAGAGCGAUAUGGUUGCCAAUGCAAGGGCAGAGGUCAAUAAUCUUAGGCAUGCAAAUGAGGACCUGUCAAAACAAGUGGAAGGACUUCAGAUGAAUAGAUUCAGUGAAGUUGAAGAGCUAGUGUACCUUCGCUGGGUCAAUGCAUGCUUAAGGUAUGAGCUCCGGAACUAUCAAGCACCUGCAGGAAAGAUGUCAGCUCGUGAUCUCAACAAGCGUCUGAGCCCCAAAUCCCAAGAGAAGGCUAAACAGAUGAUGUUAGAGUAUGCAGGAUCAGAACGUGGACAAGGGGACACAGAUAUCGAAAGCAACUUUUCCCACCCAUCCUCCCCUGGAAGUGAAGACUUUGACAAUGCUUCUAUGGAUAGUUCCACCAGUAGAUAUAGCAAUCUCAGUAAGAAACCUAGCUUAAUCCAAAAGUUGAAGAAAUGGAGCAAAAGCAAAGAUGAUUUAAGUGCUCUUUCAUCACCAACCAGAUCUCUCUCUGGAGGUUCUCCAAGCAGGGCAAGCAUGAACCAGAGACCAAGGGGUCCAUUGGAAGCCCUGAUGUUAAGGAAUGCAGAUGAUAGUAUAGCCAUCACCACCUUUGGCAAGGGGGAGCAGGAACCUACUGACUCUCCUGAAACUCCAACUCUUCCAAAUAUUAGAACAAGGGUUCCAUCCAGCGACUCACUGAAUAAUGUUGCUUCCUCAUUCCAAUUGAUGUCUAAAUCAGUUGAAGGAGUCUUAGAUGAGAAAUAUCCUGCAUAUAAAGAUCGGCAUAAGUUGGCCUUAGAGAGGGAGAAGCAAAUUAAAGAAAGGGCUGGCCAAGCAAGAGCAGAGAAGUUUGGUGACAAAUCAUAUGAAUCUUCAGCCAAGGUUGAAAGAGAGAAACCUCUAACUUUGCCACCAAAACUUUCUCAAAUAAAGGAAAAGGCUGCUGUCUCUGGUGAUUCAAUUGACCAAUCUAAUGAUGGUAAGACUGAUUCUCAAACAAUAAGCAAGAUGAAACUUGCUGACAUUGAGAAAAGGCCUCCUAGGGUGCUUCGGCCACCUCCUAAACGAUCUGGAGGUUCUUCUGCCAAUACAAAUUCAAAUCCUUCAGGUGAAAUACCAACUGCUCCACCUCCACCUGGUGCCCCACCUCCGCCACCACCACCUGGUGGACCACCUCGGCCACCUCCUCCACCAGGAAGCCUACCUAGAGGGGGAGGAAGUGGAGAUAAAGUUCACCGGGCUCCUGAACUAGUUGAAUUUUAUCAGACAUUGAUGAAACGAGAGGCAAAGAAGGAUACCUCAUCAUUAAUUUCUCAAACAUCUAAUGCAUCAGAUGCUAGAAGUAACAUGAUUGGGGAGAUUGCGAAUAAAUCAUCAUUCCUCUUAGCUGUGAAAGCCGAUGUGGAAACUCAAGGUGAUUUUGUCAUGUCAUUAGCAACUGAAGUUCGAGCAGCUUCCUUCACUGACAUAAAAGAUUUGGUGGCUUUUGUAAACUGGCUGGAUGAGGAACUUUCAUUCUUGGUUGAUGAACGGGCAGUUCUCAAGCACUUUGAUUGGCCUGAGGGGAAAGCGGAUGCAUUGAGAGAGGCGGCUUUUGAAUACCAAGACCUGAUGAAAUUAGAGAAACGAGUCUCCUCUUUUGUUGAUGAUCCCAAGCUUCCAUGUGAAGAUGCUCUGAAGAAGAUGUACUCAUUGCUAGAGAAAGUGGAACAUAGUGUGUAUGCUCUCUUACGUACGAGGGACAUGGCUAUUUCACGAUACAGGGAGUUUGGAAUUCCAGUUGAUUGGUUGUUGGAUUCAGGGGUCGUUGGCAAGAUAAAGCUCUCAUCUGUACAAUUGGCAAGGAAGUACAUGAAACGUGUAGCAUCAGAACUUGAUGCACUGAGUGGACCAGAGAAAGAGCCAAACAGAGAGUUUUUGGUUCUGCAAGGCGUGCGUUUUGCUUUCCGCGUUCAUCAGUUUGCUGGAGGCUUUGAUGCAGAGAGCAUGAAGGCUUUCGAAGAACUCAGGAGCCGUAUCCAUUCAAAAAUGGGAGAAGACAAUAAGCUGGAAACAUGAGGAUUUUUUUUGUUUGAAUUUUUUCCUUUUUAUUUUUAUUUUUUUGUUGUAUAAUUCACCUGACUCCAUGUUGAAGAAAAUAUAGAUCAUAUAUUGUACAAUGACCAGUCUAAUUCAAGACACAAAAUAGGGGGAAAAAAGAAGCAGCAGCAGAAGAAAUCAUGUAAAGUAAUUUAUAAAUGCUCUGAGCUUCUAUAUGCUUAA